AUGACUCUUCUUUCUUUCCUUUCCAUUAAGGAUAACUCAUUAUACCUUCAAAACAUCUUCACCAAUCUCCCCAAAAAUUCUACCAAAUGUCCAAGAAGAACUUGCCUUCCUCUAAGAAUUCAUGCCUCUUCGUCUCCUCCCCAAAUCAUACUCCAACAAUUACUGCCCGAAAGCAAUUUGGUCCGAUUCGCACCCCUAAAAGCGUUCAAUUUCAAUACCUAUAUGACCGAAAAGGCAAAGAUCGUUAACAAAGCAUUGGAAGAAGCCGUGCCGUUGCAAGAACCGUUGAAAAUACAUGAAGCAAUGAGGUAUUCGUUGCUUGCCGGAGGGAAACGAGUUCGACCUGUUCUAUGCCUAGCGUCGUGUGAGCUUGUUGGCGGGAUGGAGGUUUGUGCCAUGGCAAUGGCAUCCGCCGUCGAAAUGGUCCACACCAUGUCACUCAUUCAUGAUGAUCUUCCAUGCAUGGAUAAUGAUGAUUUGAGAAGAGGCAAACCCACGAACCACAAGGUGUAUGGCGAGGAGACUGCGGUCCUAGCGGGUGAUGCGUUACUUUCGCUAGCAUUUGAGCAUUUGGCGACUCGAACCGUAGGGGUGGGACCAGGGAGAGUGGUUCAGGCCAUAGGGGAGUUAGGGUCGGCGGUGGGUUCUUUAGGGCUCGUAGCAGGUCAGAUAGUUGAUCUUUGUAGUGAAGGAAAGAAAGAUGUUGAUUUGAGUCAGUUAGAGUACAUUCACAUUCACAAGACAGCAAAGCUGCUGGAGGCCGCGGUGGUCGGUGGGGCGGUGUUGGGUGGUGGGAACUCCGGCGAGGUGGAGAGGGUGAGGAAAUACGCAAGGUGUAUUGGGUUGUUGUUUCAGGUGGUGGAUGAUAUACUUGACGUGACGAAGUCGUCGGAGGAACUGGGGAAGACGGCCGGAAAGGAUCUGUUGAGGGAUAAAGCGACGUAUCCGAAGCUGAUGGGGUUGGAAAGGGCGAAGGAGUUCGCCGGAGAAUUGCUCGGAAAUGCGGUGGAUGAGCUUGCUUAUUUUGAUGCCGGCAAGGCGGCACCUUUAUACCAUUUAGCACAUUAUAUUGCAUACAGACAAAAUUAA